GAUCGGCUGCAUUGUUUGAGCAGCGUCCUCAAAACCGCAUAUUACAGAGAGUCAGGACAACAUUUCCCAAUGCCAGAAACGCCUUCCCAUUUUGUCCUUUCCAAAAUAACCCGUUUCUCUCACGCGCUCUUUCUCUCUUUUACUACUACACCCACUCUCUUACUAACUUCAUACCCCCCCUUCCCCAAAUUCUGUGUUUUAUUACUACAUCACUCACUCGUCUCUCACCGUUACUACAUUUUCUUCUCUUUUUUUUUGCUUCAUGCAUUUCGGUUUCAUUCUUAUCUUCUUCUUCCGCAUUUCAGGGAUCUAGAAUCUUCAUUCACACUUUACUCACCUACAUUGCUUUCUCUCUUCUUCUUCUUCUUAUAGGUUUUUCCAAUUCAUUUGCUUCCUCUACUAUAGUUUCAGAAUCUCAAAAUGUCAACUUCACUUUUCAUCCUCUUCACUUUCCUUCACUUCCUGCUUUACUCUUCCUCAGCGAAGUUGGUUUCUAAGAGUCUGUCAUUUGCUUCAUCUGAACGAGCUAAAGUGUGGUUUGUUAAACCUUCUUCUGGGCCAUCUCCAUCUUUUCAAGGUCCCAGUGUGACUCCAGGACCAGAAAAACAUCCUCGUCAUCGCCAUCAAUACCAUGGUGCAAAGCCUUAUUCCGGGGCUCCCUCCCCUUCUGAAGGCCAAGCAUGUGGUCAAAGCUGUAAGGAUCCACUCACAACAACUCCCCUUGGUUCACCUUGUGGUUGUGUAUUUCCCAUGAAAGUCAGACUUUUACUGGAUGCAGCUCCUCUGGUUGUUUUUCCGGUAAUUAAUGAGUUAGAGAUUGAACUUGCAUCUGGAACAUAUUUGAAGCAAAGCCAGGUCAGGAUAAUGGGUGUCAGUGCUGACAUUCAAAAUCAGGAAAGAACCAUAGUUGAUAUUAACCUGGUUCCGCUUGGUGAAAAGUUUGACAAUACAACUGUGGUUCUAAUAUACCAAAGAUUUUGGCACAAGAAAGUUCCUCUAAAUAGGUCUCUUUUUGGUGAUUACACAGUCUUGUGCACUACUUAUCCAGGGAUGCCGUCAUCGCCGCCACAGGGAACCUUAACUGGGAGUGGUCCCCGUCCCAGUGGAAGUGCUUCAGGUCUUCUCCCAAUCACUACCACCUUUAUCAGCAGCAGCAAGAACGAUAAAAUGAAACUUAGAACCAUAAUCAUCAUUGCUGUAUCUUCCAUUUUUCUCUUACUGGUUUUGGUUGGAGCAUUUUCCAUCAUUUUUAAAUGGAGGAAAAUUAGGAGACCAUCAAGUGCAGUUGGUCUGCCAUUCCCAUUGUCUCAAAACAAGAGAUAUGCCAUGGGGUCUAUAUUGUCUAGAAGAAUUACAAGUCCAGCAUCAGUGUCCCAUAUGUCCACCAUGGAUGCUUCAGCUCUUUCUGUGAAAACAUUUUCCCUUUCUGAGAUUGAGAAAGCUACAGAUACAUUCAGUUCACAAAGAGUAUUGGGAGAAGGAGGAUUUGGGCGUGUUUAUCAUGGGACAUUGGAUGAUGGAACUGAUGUUGCAGUUAAGCUACUAACAAGGGAUAUUCAAAGUGGAGACCCUGAAUUUAUUGCGGAAGUUGAGUUGCUAUGUCGUUUGCAUCAUCGCAAUCUUGUGAAACUCAUCGGCAUUUGCACAGAAGGGCACAAACGAUGCUUGGUGUAUGAGCUUGUUUGCAAUGGUAGUGUCGAAUCUCAUUUGCAUGGCGUUGACCAGAGAAGUCACCCGCUAGAUUGGGAAGCACGGAAAAAAAUUGCCCUUGGAGCGGCGAGAGGAUUGGCCUAUCUUCACGAGGAUUCUAUUCCACGCGUAAUCCACAGAGACUUCAAAGCUAGCAACGUGUUGUUGGAAGAUGACUUUACUCCCAAGGUUUCUGAUUUUGGAUUAGCAACAGAAGCAACUGAAGGAAGUCGUUCUGUUCCUACAAGGGUCAUGGGCACUUUUGGGUAUGUUGCCCCAGAAUAUGCAAUGACAGGCCAUUUGCUCGUUAAAAGUGAUGUUUAUAGUUAUGGUGUUGUGCUGCUUGAACUUCUAACAGGCCGAAAGCCGGUGGACAUAUCUCAACCUCUUGGAGAGGAGAAUCUUGUUCUAUGGGCACGAUCACUGUUAAAAAGUAGAGAGGGUUUAGAGCAGCUUGUGGAUCCGACAUUGGCAGGAAGUUAUGACUUUGAUGAAAUGGCAAAGUUUGCUGCAAUUGCUUUAAUGUGUGUACAACGGGAGGUCACUGAGAGACCCUUUAUGGGUGAGGUUGUGCAGGCUCUUAAGUUGAUAUACAAUGACAAAGAUGAGACCAGUGUGGAUUGCUUGAGUCGGAAGGAAUCUUCUGCUCAAGAGUCUGAGUUUAGUAGUUGGUGGAAUGAUGAGCCUGAAGAUAUUACAUGUCGACUAGAUUUUAGGCAAGCAUCUUCAUUCAUCACAAUGGAUUACAGUUCAGGUCCACUUGAAGAACUGGAAAACAGAGAGUUUUCAGCUUCAAACUUGAUGGGAAAUGAUAUGUUUUUACCAAUCAGACUCGGUAAUAGAUCAGGUCCCUUGAGAACAGCCCGAAGAAGCAACCUAUCCUUUAAUAGGUUCAUUGGAAGUCAGAGUGAACAUGCAGUAUUUCCUUCCAAGCGUGUUUGGAAUGAGGGUUACUGGCCUUGAGGUUUCUUUUAGUAUUUUAGAAUUGUACAGUUUCAACAUGGAUCCGAUGUGUUGAUUGGGUGGCUGAUUUUAUUUGUAGGUAAGGCGUCUCAAAUUCAUAAAGUUUUCUAGUCUUUUUGGUAUAUAAAAAAGAAUCUUAUAGCUUUCUUUUUAAGAUUUGAGACAAAGGAUGCUGACUUCUAAUUUAAAAAUAUCUAUUUUACAUUAUACA